AAUAUGUGACAUGUUUGAGAAGGGAUGGGCUGUUUAUAGAGUCGCUAUCUGCCCUGAACACUGCAAUAUAUUGCUAGUUCUGCUCAAACCAGAAAACUCUGAGAUGACAAACAAUCAGGUUGAGCAGAACACAAUACAAACCAGCUUUUCUUCUACAGAUGUGAAGGAAUUUGUUUGCAUAACAGGUGUCAUUUUCCAUACCUUCAAACCUGUCCUGUGUGAGAGUGACUUGCAGGACAUGUUGAUAUUAUUACUUCUCAUUGCCCCUGGGACAAACAGCACCUAAGAAGGUGAGUGAAUUGUCUUCGAAGUGAGAGAGAGACAUUGUCUGCUGAUGGUCUAAACUUUGAAGAACCGAACGUCCAGAACAGAGAUUUUGCAACCUGAACUUUCUAAUAAAAAUUUAAUGUUGGCUGCUUCGAAGAUUUACCGAUAUCAAACCGAAAUUCAAUAACGAUGGCGUCUCCUCCACCAAGUGGAGUUCCAGCCGAGGCUAACGAGCCGCCACGAUUCUUAAACUUUCCAAGAAUUACUGGAGCUCCCCAAACCUCAGAACCAACAACGCUCAUGGUUCCUCCACCAUACUCACAACUACCCGAGGUCACCGUGCCUCCACCCUACGCAGAACUCCCAGAAUUUGCAGUGACUCGUUCAGAACCCCAGCCAGCAAUGUUCAUUCUGCCUCCGCCUUAUUCCCAGCUUACUGAAAUUGCUUUGCCUCCACCUUACACAGAAUUACCUGGGGCCUCAGUGACUCCAUCAGAAUCCCAACCAACAGUAAUCAAUAAUCAGCCUCCACCAUAUUUAAAGAAUCAGCGAACAAUCAGAACUGUGAUUUCCUCUUUCUACCUGCCACCACCAGAGGCCAACAGGAAUAUGGUCAAUACAUCACAGCACAAUCGAACGGACGGUUCUCCGCAAUAUGAUGAUUACAUGAGAUACUCCAUUGUGAAUCUCUUAUUCUGUUGCACCGUCUUUGCGAUAGGUGCCCUUAUUUACUCUUAUAAGGUAAUGUGGAGAGGGGCUGGUGGUUGUCAAUCCUUGAAAUGCAUUGUGUGAGGACAGGUAGAAAGAGCUACCAGUAUAUUUAUCGCAGGUAAUGGAAAAAUCUCUCAGCAGAGCUUUGUGUUGUAAAAAAACCCAGUGAAAUUUGUCAUGGCGUGAUUACAGGGGGGAAGAGAAGGUAUCCUGGGGCAAGGGAAUAUAUCCUGGGGGGAAGGGAAUGCAUCCUGGGGGGAACAGAUGGCAUCCUGGGGGGAACAGAUGGCAUCCUGGGGAGGCUGCACUCCAAGUACCACCAAAUAUUAAUUGCACAGUAUUUAGCCUGUAUUUAGUGCAAGCAACUUAUAAUUGGUAUUUGCUAAAAUAUGUACAUCAUUAAGCUCACUAUGCCACUUUCCCUUGCCAGCCAAAGUACAUGUGCGGUUGAUGCUCGAUGGGUGGGUGCACUUAUUUUGAGUUCCAACCUGUUAAGAGUAUAUGUUUUAUACCGAGAAUGCAUAGUAAUUGAACAAUGAGGGUCCCUUCUCAAACAAGCUUACAGUAGAUCUAUCAGGUGGGAUAUACGAGUAAACCCAUCAUGUGAGUUAUAUCAGUAAACCCAUCAUGUGAGUUAUAUCAGUAGACCUGGGAAAUACCACUAGAUAAGUCAGAUGGGAUAUACCAGUAAACCUGUCAAGUGGGAUAUACCAGUAGACCCGUCAGGUGGGGAUAUACCAGUAAACCAGACAGCCCUUAAAGUGCCCAGUCAUGUCUUUUUCCCCCAGUUUCCUUUCCUUAUAAUAAAUAACGAGUAGGAUUUUUAGCGCUUGUAUAAACGCUGGAAGGCAGCUGGAACGACCUGAAUCAGAGUUUCUUACUUCUGGUGGUGGAUACAAAAACGAGUGGUGGAAGGGUAGCAGCGCCAUGGUGGGGUACCCAGGUUCAAAUCAAUAUUCAAGAUAAAAGAAACAAGAGGCCCACAAUGGUAUAGUACAGGGAUAGGCAACCUUCAGCACUCCAGAUGUUGUGGACUACAUCCCCCAUAAUGCUCUUACACCCAUAAUGCUUCAAAGCACCAUGGGAUGUGUCGUCCAAAACAUCUUGAGUGCCGAAGGUUGCCUAUGCCUGGUAUAGUACGUAUUUGUAGUUGAUAGAAGAAUAAAGAAAAGCACUUACAAUUUUCUGGAGCUUCUAAAUAGCUCCAAUAAGAUCCCCGCCUGUGGAUAUACACGUAAUUCCGGUCUUGUCAGAUCUUGGGCUAGUAGCCACAAGCAGGAGUGUGAUAGUAGGCUCCCAAAUGACGUGGGGAGAAGUGCUUACUUGUAAGUGGGAUAGGUCACAGAUAUGUCACAGAUAUGUCAAUUCUUUAUUCUCCGUAUAUUACAUAUCGUGACCUGCUGCUAUCGUGUUGCCCAUAGUGGGGCAAUAUGAUAAUGUGUUCUAAUACCAGGGAUAAUUCACACAGAGUUACAUCUUUUUCAAUGUGUUCUUAAUUUAUAGCACAUUCCGUGUUUUAUAUUUCUUUUUAACCACAAUCUUAUCAAAAUGAAUUAUAAGUUUCUAUUUUCCUAUAGGACCCUGGGGUUUGCAAACUAAGCAGUUAAUUGCAAUUAAUUUACAAAAACAAACGAAUAAUAGAAAUAAUGAUAAUAUUAUAGAUGAUCAAUGGCAGAAAUGGAAGAUUUCUCCAAUUAGUCUAUUUUUACCUAAAUGUAGUAAUUUAUUUAGUCAUUUAAUGAAUAUGUCUCAGUGAAACAGCUGAACAGCUCCAGAGAGUUAUUCACCAAAGUGGGAAAUGUUAGUUAUGCUUUCAAUUUGGCUGUUUUUUUUUUUUUUUUUUUUUAAUAAACACAAUUUUAGAUUCACUUGAAAUUUUAAAAAAUCCACCUUCAUAGAAAAACCCACAGAAUAUAUAAAUUAUCAUCACACAGGGGCCUAAUUAUAUUUUUAUUGUUAGACAGAGCGGAUAAUCUGUAGGAUUCUGAGUGUAGAGUAUUCUGUACAGAUUAUUUGACUCAUGUAGCAGACGUCUGCGAUAGCAUGUAUAGGAGAGAUGCAUGGUCUAACAGUGCUUACACUCCGUUCAUUUCCUAUGCACAUACAGCCACUAUUUUAGAACUUGGUGGAAUUUUUAAGAAGCUGUUUUCGAAACUAUUCCGUGUUCCUUAAAUUACACAAAAGCAGUGUAUUUGACCCAGUUUAUUAUUUUUUUCUCACACCUACUGCUUGUGACCAAAAUGUUAUUCAUGAUUUUAUCGUAAUAUUUCAGGAAAUGUGUAAACCUUUGAAAUUAGAUGUACGUCGCAAGGAAAACUGGCCACUGUGGCCACGCUAUUCCUUUAAUGAGUGAAUUUAUGAUAUCUGUGGCUUUUUACAGGAAACCCUAACUAACUGUGAACAAUAUCGAGACACUGAGAUUGUUAUUGACUUUAGCUUUGGAUAAUGUAAAUUAAUGUGCAAUCUGUUGUGGUUUAGGCAUAUGUCCAGCACAGAAUAAGAUAUAUGUUUUCUGCUUUAUUGUAGACACGAGAUGCUUUGAAGAGAGGGGACACUUUUAUGGCUCAGUGGGCGUCAGCGAGGGCACGGGCGCAGAACCUCAAGGCACUGGCAUGUGGAAUCUUUGUGCAUUUUGCCUGGAUUAUCUAUGUUAUUUAUUACUGUGUAACGCGUCGCUACACAUAUUAUUACAAUGAUAAUCAUUACUACAACGGAUAAUUCAAAUAUUAUCAACAUUCAGCACUUCAAUGUGGACUCUAAUGACACUCAGCCAGCCAGUCGUGACCUGAACCUGGAUCUCCCUGGCAUGGAAUCAGGAUGAUCUUACAGAGCCCUAAAAUCACACGUCAACCCCUUUAUUGUAAAUCAAUGAUAGAUUUGUAGAUAUGUGUAAUUCUUAUAUGUAUAACUAAUCUGUAACAAUACGUCUUGAAAAAUAAACAAUAUAUUUUGUAAAAAAAAAAA